UGCAUCUUGGCAACCUAGCCUUCCAGUCCUCUCAAGUCUUAGUUGGACCAGGCUUGCGCGCACACCAACAUGCCAUCCAUGCCCGCCACCGGUGCGGCGCCUCCGCCUGCGAACGGCGUCGUCGAGGACAUCUUCGGCUUCUUGCGCGUCCUCAGCGACGGCACCGUCCUCCGGUCAGCGGACCCAGUGUUCUGCCCGACCACCUUCCCGGAGAGCCACCCGUCCGUGCAAUGGAAGGAGGCCGUCUACGACAAGGUCAAGAACCUCCGCGUCCGCAUGUACAAGCCGGCCGCGCCCGCCGGGAAGCUGCCGGUGUUGGUCCACUUCCACGGCGGCGGCUUCUGCCUCGGGUCGUGCACGUGGGCCAACGUGCACGCGUUCUGCCUCCGCCUCGCCGCGGAGGCAGGCGCCGUCGUCCUGUCCGCAGGGUACCGCCUCGCCCCUGAGCACCGGCUUCCCGCGGCGGUCGGCGACGGGGCCGGUUUCCUGCGAUGGCUCCGCGAGCAGUCCGUGAACGCUGGCGCCGCCGACGGUUGGCUCACCGAGGCCGCCGACUUCGGGCGCGUGUUCGUCGCCGGCGACUCGGCGGGCGGCACCAUAGCGCACCACCUCGCCGUGCGCGCCGGCUCGGCCGCGUGCAAGCUCGACCUCGACCCGGUCACGGUCCGCGGCUACGUCCUGUUGAUGCCGUUCUUCGGCGGCGUGCACCGGAUGCCGUCGGAGGCCGAUUGCCCCGCGGAGGUGUUGCUGAACCUGGACCUGUUCGACCGCUUCUGGCGGCUCUCUUUGCCGGUCGGCGCCACCAGGGACCACCCAGCGGCGAACCCAUUCGGGCCGGACAGCCCCGACCUGGGCUCGGUGGACUUCCGGCCGGUCCUCGUGGUGGCCGGCGGCCUCGACAUGAUGCGUGACCGCGUCGCCGACUAUGCCGAGCGGCUGGUGGCGAUGGGCAAGCCAGUGGAGUUCGCCGAGUUCGCCAGCGAGCCACACGGGUUCUACACGCUGGACCCGGGGUCCGAGGCCGCCGGCGAGUUGAUCAGUCUCGUGAGCCGAUUCGUCCACAGCUGCGCCGAGGCUGCUGCUUAAUCAAUUCGGACAUGUGGUCCAUGCAUGUGCCACGUAGGAGUCCAAAGCUGCAUCGAGGUUCGUGCUGCAUGCGUAGUACUCCGAGUGUCGUCGAGUGCAACUUGCCUGUUGUAUCAGUUUAUGGUGACGUGUCCUUGUAUCUGGGCUCCUCGCAUGAUGGCAGCUGACGUGUAAUCGAUCUGGGAGAUGCUCCGGCGAGUGGGCUGGCCCGUUCUAGUUACGUGGGGCUGCGACAUGUCCCGUGCACCGUUCUAGUUACUUUAAAUGAUUUUUACUCGAAUAAAUUUUAUAAAAUUA